AUGGGGUUUCGUGACAAAAAUCAUCCAGAUUACGUUUGUCGCCUCAAAAAAUCUCUAUAUGGGUUGAAGCAGGCGCCUCGGGCUUGGUACCAGCGAUUUACCGACUUUGUCCUCACUCUUAGGUUCACACAAAGCAAAUGUGAUGCUUCUUUAUUUGUGCAUCAUCAGGGCUGUGAUACUGCAUUUCUUCUUCUCUACGUCGAUGAUAUCCUGCUCGUUACGUCUUCGUCAUCGCUUCGGCAACAUCUCAUGACUAGCUUGGCACACGAAUUUGCCAUGAAGGACCUUGGUCCUCUCAGUUUCUUUCUUGGUAUAUCGGUUACUCGCGACAAAAAUUCAAUGUUUCUGUCCCAACAUGCAUACGCCGCUAAAAUAGUUGAACGUGCAGGUAUGUCCUCAUGUCGCCCGGUUCACACUCCCGUGGACACUCACGCAAAAUUAAGUGCCACCGGGGGUGAUCCGUUCCACGAUCCUACACUUUAUCGGAGUUUGGCUGGGGCACUUCAAUAUUUGACCUUUACGAGACCCGACAUAAGCUAUGCUGUCCAACAAAUAUGCACACACAUGCACGCGCCAACUACCGCACACUGGGAAGCUCUCAAACGCAUCAUUCGCUACAUUCAGGGAACACAGUCAUAUGGUCUUACACUUGGCCCAUCUGCCGACCCGCGUCUUCUUGCUUAUACGGAUGCUGAUUGGGCCGGCUGCCCCGAUACCCGUCGUUCCACCAGUGGAUACUGUGUGUACUAUAGGGAUAAUCUCAUCUCCUGGUCCUCGAAGCGUCAAGCCACCAUCUCCCGCUCUAGUGCGGAAGCCGAAUACCGGGGAGUAGCCAAUGUUGUUGCAGAAAUUUGUAAUCCGGUUCAGCACCAGCGAACCAAACAUAUCGAGCUCGAUAUACAUUUUGUUCGUGAACAGGUUCAAUGGGGUCAAGUUCGUAUCUUACAUGUCCCGUCUCGUUAUCAGAUUGCCGACAUUUUCACUAAAGGUUUACCACGUGUUCUUUUUGAAGACUUCCAAUCCAGUCUCAGCAUAUGA